GUCGUUGCGGUGUUCUUCAUGCUGCUGUCCUUUCAGUCCACAGAUUUGCAGGUGGCCAUGAACGCGAUCAUGCAGUCUGUCAGCACUGGAGACCGCGAGGCAUACCAAGAUCUGGUCAGUCGAUUCUUUGUGCAGUGUGAAGCAGCCCUGGAGCAG